CGAGCGAAAGGAGAUGAGGGAAGGGAGACCAGCCUGGUUGCUCAUCCCAGGAGUGGCACUCCUGCUGUUUUUGUCUUCGUUAGAAGAGGGUUCGGGGCAGCUGACGGAGCCCAGCUUCAGCAGAGCUGACUUCCCUUUAGACUUCGACUUCGGAGCUGGGACGUCGUCUUAUCAGGUGGAGGGAGCAGUAUCUGAGGAUGGAAGAAAACCAAGCAUUUGGGAUACCUAUACUCAUGCAGGGCGAAUGCUGGACAAGAGCACAGGAGAUGUGGCUUCCGAUGGCUACCACAAAUACAAGGAAGAUGUCAAGCUGAUGGCUGAAACAGGACUGGACUCCUACAGAUUCUCCAUCUCUUGGUCCAGGCUUAUCCCAAAUGGUAGAGGAGCUGUUAAUCCUAAAGGCUUACAGUUUUACAACAACCUGAUUGAUGAGCUAGUAAAAUAUGGAAUCAAACCUCAUGUGUCACUAUACCAUCUUGACCAUCCCCAAGCACUUGAAGAUAAGUAUUCAGGAUGGUUGAGUCCCAAAAUGGUGGAUGAUUUCACAGCAUUUGCAGAUGUAUGCUUCAAGAAUUUUGGUGAUAGAGUUCCUCGAUGGACGACUAUUGUUGAACCUAAUAUAAUGUCACUGGGUGCAUAUGACAUGGGAACACUUCCACCAAAUCGGUGCUCUUAUCCAUUUGGCAUCAAUUGCACAGUAGGAAAUUCGACGACAGAGCCCUACAUUGCGAUUCACAAUGUCCUAUUAGCCCAUGCAUCGAUCGUCAAAUUAUACAAAAGCAAAUAUCAAGUAAGUCAUUUGCCUUCUUCACUUUGUAUUAUCCACUAUUUUACCACGUCAACAUUGAUUUUAUACAUUCCAUUUAUACAGGUAGAGCAAAAUGGGUGGAUAGGCAUCAAUGUCUACACUUUCUGGUAUUAUCCAUUCACAAACUCUUCUGCAGACAUUGAGGCAACCCAAAGAAUACUUGAGUUUUAUGUUGGCUGGAUCCUAAAUCCAUUGGUGUUUGGAGACUAUCCUGAGGUCAUGAAGAAGUUCGUUGGCUCGCGACUCCCAUCCUUCACCAAAUCUCAGUCUGAACAGAUAAAGGGCUUAUUUGAUUUCAUUGGCGUGAAUCACUAUUCUUCAAUAUAUGUCAAAGAUAACAUCAAUGCUUCAGAGAUGGGUCUUCGUGACUUUGUAAUGGAUUCCUUAGCCUUGGUGACAAGUUCAAGGAAUGCGACACCUGGUCAGUAUGACCCUAUGGCACCUUCAACAUUCGAUCCUCGGGGGCUGCAAUACAUGUUGGAGUAUCUCAGAGAUGCCUAUGGAAAUCCUCCUCUUUUUGUUGAAGAAAAUGGCUAUGGCAUAGGAAGGAGAGAGAGUGACGACCUUAAUGACACCGAUAGGAUCAAUUACCUAAAUGGCUUCAUCGGUAGCACGCUCGAUGCUAUCAGAAACGGAGCGAAUGUGAAAGGUUACUUCGUUUGGUCGUUCAUAGAUGUCUUUGAGUUUUUGACUGGGUAUCAAUCUCGUUGCGGAUUAUACCAUGUGGAUUUUGACGAUAAAAACCGGAAAAGAAAGCCGAAGCUCUCUGCUGGUUGGUACUCUAAGCUUCUUGAAAGAAAGGAUGGCAUGAAACUGAACAAAACUGCAAUGGAUACAGAAUACCAUGCUCGGUGUCCUCUUCCUCCUCCUCCUCCUCCUCACCUUCGUGCUCUCCGGAGACUCGAGCGAGAGGAGAUGAGGGAAGGGUUGCUAAUCCUAGGAGUGGUCCUCCUGCUGUUUUUGUCUUCGUUAGCAGAGGGUUCGGGGCAGCUGACGGAGCCCAGCUUCAGCAGAGCUGACUUCCCUUCAGACUUCAUCUUCGGAGCUGGGACGUCGUCUUAUCAGGUGGAGGGAGCAGUAUCUGAGGAUGGAAGGAAACCAAGCAUUUGGGAUACCUUUACCCAUGCAGGGCGAAUGCUGGACAAGAGCACAGGAGAUGUGGCUUCCGAUGGCUACCACAAAUACAAGGAAGAUGUCAAGCUGAUGGCUGAAACAGGACUGGACUCCUACAGAUUCUCCAUCUCUUGGUCCAGACUUAUCCCAAAUGGUAGAGGAGCUGUUAAUCCUAAAGGCUUACAGUUUUACAACAACUUGAUUGAUGAGCUAGUAAAAUAUGGAAUCAAACCUCAUGUAUCACUAUACCAUCUUGACCAUCCCCAAGCACUUGAAGAUGAGUAUUCAGGAUGGUUGAGCCCCAAAAUGGUGGAUGAUUUCACAGCAUUUGCAGAUGUUUGCUUCAAGAAUUUUGGUGACAGAGUUCCUCGGUGGACGACUGUUGUCGAACCCAAUAUAAUGUCACUGGGUGCAUAUGACGUGGGAAUACUUCCACCAAAUCGAUGCUCUUAUCCAUUUGGCAUCAAUUGCACCAUAGGAAAUUCGACGACAGAGCCCUACAUUGUGGUUCACAACGUCCUAUUAGCCCAUGCAUCGAUCGUCAAAUUAUACAAAAGCAAAUAUCAAGUAAGUCAUUUGCCUUUUUCACUUUGUGUUCCACCAUUUGACUAUAUCAACGUUGAUUUUAUACAGGCAGAGCAAAACGGGUUUAUAGGCAUCAACGUAUACACUUUCUGGUAUUAUCCACUCACUAACUCUUCUGCAGACAUUGAGGCAACCCAAAGAAUGCUUGAGUUUUAUGUUGGCUGGAUCCUAAAUCCGUUGGUGUUUGGAGACUAUCCUGAGGUCAUGAAGAAGAUCGUCGGCUCGCGACUCCCAUCCUUCACCAAAUCUCAGUCUAAACAAAUAAAGGGCUUAUUUGAUUUCAUUGGCGUGAAUCACUAUUCUUCAGUAUAUGUCAAAGAUAACAUCAAUGCUUCUGAGAUGGGUCUUCGCGACUUUGCUAUGGAUUCCUUAGCCUUGAUGAUAACUUCAAGGAAUGAGACACCUGGCCAGUAUGACCCUACGGCACCUUCAUCAUUCGAUCCUCAGGGGCUGCAAUACAUGUUGGAGUAUCUCAGAGAUGCCUACGGAAAUCCUCCUCUUUUUGUUGAAGAAAAUGGCUAUGGCAUAGGAAGGAGAGAGAGCGGCCUUAAUGACACCGAUAGGAUCAAUUACCUGAAUGGCUUCAUCGGUAGCAUGCUCGAUGCUAUCAGGAAUGGAGCGAAUGUGAAAGGUUACUUUGUUUGGUCGUUCAUAGAUGUCUUCGAGUUCUUGACUGGAUAUCAAUCUCGUUUGGGAUUGUACCAUGUGGAUUUUGACGAUGAAAACCGAAAAAGAAAGCCGAAGCUAUCUGCUGGUUGGUACUCUAAGCUUCUUGAAAGAAAGGAUGGCAUGAAACUGAACAAAACUGCAAUGGAUACAGAAUACCAUGCUCGGUGGUAAAAUUCCUCUGCGCAAUUCCUGUGUUAAAUAGAUUAAGAUCACACGAGUGGGUCGAUUCAGUUUUCUCAAUUCCUGUAUGAGCAAAUACAGGUACUCGAAUUAGCUCAAUAAAAAAAGGAUCUAAAACUUUUAAGACUGUGGAAAUAAAGUGGUCUACUCGUUCAUAUUUAA